UGGACGACGGAAGUGACGUAGCGGCGGCGGUGUGUGGCAGCGCCGGCUCGGCUUCUGGUGUUCCGGGCUAUCGGGCAGCGUACCUGGGCGACCAGACGACAGCGGAAUCAACCGAGCGGCUGCGGCAGGACCAAAAUAAAAAAACAAACUACCGGAUUAAGAGUACAGAUCUCCGGUGGACUGUGAUUGGCUGCGACAUCUGUCGAUUACAACAACAAGGGACCAAUCAGUGGGGGCUUGGCAGGUCAUACACUGACCAAUCAGCGCGCAGGAGAGGCGGGACUAGAGGGGCUUGCUUUGUGCCGCCAUGGAGUUCCCAGAUCACAGUCGCCGUAUAUUGCGCUGCCUUCGAGACCAGCAGUCCCAGGGAUUUCUAUGUGAUUGUCAGGUGUCUGUAGGCACUGCCCGUUUCCUGGCCCAUCGUUCUGUUUUGGCUUCCUGCAGCCCUUUUUUCCACAUGUCCUGCAGGGAACGUCCAGAAACAAGAGACCUUACGUUGAACAGUCAGAUAGUCACAGCUCCAGCCUUCUCCUUGCUUCUCAACUUCAUGUACUGUGGAUGUCUCAGCUUUCAGGAAGCUCCCACUGAAGAUGUCCUAGCAGCAGCCAGUUAUUUGCACAUGGACGAGGUGGUGAGAGUCUGCAAAAAAAGGUUGCAGGGUCGAGCACCAGCAGAGGCCGAUAGUACUCGCCGAGAGGAAGAUAGUGCAUCAGUAAAUCCGAUUACUGACAGUCAAGGUGGGAAUAGAUGUCACGAGGGAGCAGAGAGUGGACAGACAACAGCAAGGGGAAUGAAACAUCAUGGACAAGAAGUAGUAGGGAAUGGGCAAAGACUGGGAGGAAUUGCCGUUUUUCAACAGGAAGUUGCAGAGAGUUCCAGAUAUCAGAGGCAGGAAGUAGCAGGGAGCAGCCAAAGAUUGCCAGGGAGUGUAAGAUACAUGGGGCAGGAGGCAUCAGGCAGUGGACCGAGAGUGGCAGUAAACUCUAAAUUUGAAGCACAGUGUGUGGGAGAUACUGCCCAAGAGGUGGCAGGAAGUUCUAGGUUUGAAAUUCAAGAGGGAACAGGGAGUGGUCAUGGCGUUACAGGAAGUAUGAAGUGUACAGGUAUUCUGCAGAUAGGAGUAGAUGGUCAGGAGGUACCAGUGAGUUCUAGAUUUGAGGCGCAAGAGAGGACUGAGGCAGAACAAGCAGAAAGUGUGAGGUAUCAGCUGCAAGAAGCAACAGAAAGUACACUCACACCAUCCACACACAAAUAUGCUACACAGAGUCAGGACAGUGGGCCACCUUCCAUAAAUUCCCCAAAGAGACCGGAGCCAGCUGGCAGCACACAGGGUGCACCUGGAGCUUCUAGGUUUUCCUUACAAGCUCAAGAAACUACAGGUGCUAGCAAUCAGUCACUGUCUGUUCCUAGAUUCUCUUUUCAAAAUCAGGAGGAAACCAGAAACACACAAGCAGUGUCAGGAAGCUCCAGAUACUCUUUAAAAGCACAAGAACCCACCGGCAGUUCUACAGCAAUGUCAGGAACUUCAAGAUACUCCUUACAGAGCCCAGAACUAGCAGGAAACUCGCUAACCCAACCAGGUACUUCCAGGUAUUCCUUACAAGAACAUACAGGCAGUAUGCAUGGAGGACAAGCACGUUCCAGAUACUCUUUACAACUCCAAGAUCCUACUGGUAGUACUACUGUUCAGCCAGGUCCAUCCAGAUAUUUUUUGCAGAGCCCAGAGUCUGCAGGAAAUUCUGCUGCAUUGCCUGGCACAUCCAGAUACCAUAUACAUAGCCCCGAUUCACCCCUAACCAAGCAGAGGGAGGAGGGUGAAUGUGCCAAAUCUGAAUUAACAGUCACAACUACCACUCAGCCUGGCAUGGAGGUGACCGCUGCCCCAAGUCCUUGUAGUUCCACUGGAAGUGAAAAUCACCCUGCAUCUGGUGUUACAGUGAAGAUAGAAGCCAUUGUAAUAUCAGAUGAAGAGUGUGAAAGGGGGGUAGGCAAUUUUAAACGGCGUGGUUUUGAUGAGGAAGAGGAAGGAGAAGAUGAAUCAGGUUAUCUACCCUAUCAUAUGAUUGCAAUGCCAGGUGGACACCACCCAGGCUAUGGAAGCCUCCUACCACCUUCCAUGCACCCAGAGGCCAUGUACUUACAAGAUUUUGAGGGGCACCCAGGAUUCCCCCUUUUUCCAGAAGAUGUGCCCACCUGCAAAACAUGUGGAAAAACAUUCUCAUGCUCCUACACGCUUAGACGGCAUGCCACAGUGCACACUCGUGAACGUCCAUAUGAAUGUCGUUACUGUUUGCGUAGCUACACGCAAAGUGGGGACUUAUACAGGCACAUCCGUAAGGCACACAGCCAGCAGGAACCAAGUGCCAAGAAACCAAAAGGGGACAUGGAGCCAGCACCCCCUAGCCUUCCUUAAAAAUGAACAUAAAGACCUUUAGCAUUCAGCUGCGUUAGGGGCCUAACUUUCUGAGUGUCAGGAAGUACUGUGAGCAUGUCACCAAUCAGGCCAGUGAGAAAGGAUCAUUUUGUUCUGAACUGAUUUAAUUUAUUCCAAGUUAAUGUAUUUUGUUGCCUCAUUAAGUUACUAGUCCUUGUUAUCAUAACAAGGAGAUAAACUAUUUUUUAUUUUUACGGUUUCCCCACUGUUAAAGCUGAUGUGUCACCU